AUGUCAUCAUCAGCAAAUAGUCCACCCAGUCCUGAAUUAUCAUUGGAUCGUCCAUGCGUUUCAUUCGUGACUCCUAAUAAAGGCAAACAAUUACUUUCUCUUGGUUAUUAUCUAUUUAAGUGUAAUAAAGCAACAUCGUCAAAACGAUAUUGGAUUUGUAUGGAAAAUGGAUGUGGUGUCUUUGUCCACACAGAUUUAAACAAUAAAUUCUUAUCAAUUACUGGUGGUCAUAAUCAUGUUGCUCGUCCAAAUAUUAUUGAAAUGAAAGCGCCGAAAGAAAAAAUGAAGCCUCGUAUCUUGAACGAAACGACUUCUAUUACAAAGAUUUAUGAUGAAGAGAUUGCCCCAGCCGGCGUUGCUGAGUCAGUUGCUGCUCAGUUUCUAACUGUAAUCAAAUACUGUUUAUCGGUUGCAUUUUGCUUGAUGGCGAAUCGACGAGCAUCAACGUGUACCGAAUUAUUCCAACGAUUAAAACAUGUAGCAAAAGCAUCAGGUACGCAAUUCGCGCCAACAAAUAUUGUGUCGGACUUUGAUGCAGCAUUAGUACCAGUGGUUCGACAAGAGUUUCCUGAUGCUAAACAUUCUGGGCGUCUAUUUUACUUCAUUCAAACAGUUCACCGAAAGAUGAUGUGUCUCGGUUUGAAUGAUGAAUAUGCACAAUGUCAAGAAACGCAUGAACAAUGCAAGCAACUUAUUGCUUUAUCGUUGAUGCCAUUACAAGAGGCUGAACGGCAAUUCAAGUGUUUUCGUAAUAUAGCAUCGGAAUCAGUGGAAGAUUUAUUCACAUAUUUCGAGCGUCAAUGGAUCUCUGAAAAAGUUCCGUUGACUAUGUGGAACUUUCACGAGCUUGAUCACCGUACCAAUGAUAUAUUGGCGGGCAAUCAGAUUAUUCAAUUUAAAAUGAAACUUGUUAUCGUCGAUUUGGCUCACGUAUUUUGA